UCGUAUGGGAAACGCCCCAUCAAGGACACUGUAAAAACGCUAUCGGUGGUAUCCCGCUCGGAAGUGGUAGCCGUAAGGGGCGUAUCUGCUCCCAGUAUUGAGCCCAUCAUGGUACCGAUGAAAGUAAAUGAUGUGACAAUCCCUAUGGAGCUAGAUACAGGUGCCGCCGUCACAGUCAUGCCUUUCAAACAAUACCUCCAAUUUCUUUCAUCAGCCAGGCUCAACCCGACAGAAGUGAAGCUCCGCACCUAUACAGGAGCCCUGGUGAUCCCAAAAGGCGUCCUGCAAGUCAAGGUGCAGCACGGUGGCAACACUGCGAGCCUUCCUCUAUACGUCGUCGACCAGGAGGGGCCACCGUUGCUGGGUCGGGAAUGGCUUCAGGCAAUUAGGCUGGAGUGGAACAAAAUCUGGAACGUCCACCAUCUGCCAAGAUGCAACGAACUGACGGUGCAUCAGGGAUGCGUCAUGCUGGGCGCAAGAGUAGUCGUGCCUGCAAAGCUGCAAGGGUUCGUUCUGGACGAACUCCAUGACGGCCAUCCCGGCAUCGUGCGCAGCAAAGAACUAGCACGCAGCUACGUGUGGUGGCCAACUCUUGAGGCGGACCUCGAACUUCGUAUCAGAAGCUGCGCUAGCUGUCAAGAGCAACGUAACGCUCCAAUCAACGCACCUCUUCACCCGUGGUCAUGGCCGACUUCACCGUGGCAGCGUGUUCACGUAGACUUUGCGGGACCUUUUCAGAAUACCCUGCUUUUAGUGGUGGUCGACGCACAUUCUAAAUGGCCAGAGGUUUUCGAAAUGAGCUCGACAACUACAGAAAGCACGAUUCGUUGUUUGACUGAGCUCUUCGCACGUUUUGGUUACCCUGAAACAAUUGUUUCCGAUAAUGGACCUCAGUUUGUUUCGCAGGAGUUCAAGCACUUCGUGCAGGCAAUGGGAGCGCGCCACCUCCUCACGGCUCCCUACCACCCCAGCUCCAAUGGGUUGGCAGAGCGUUUCAUCCAGACCUUAAAGAAUGCGCUGCGCAAAGACGGCACAGGAGGAACAUUGCAGGUAAAGCUGCAUAAAUUUUUGCUGUCGUAUCGCAACACGCCACAUGCGACGACUCGUGAAUCACCAGAGGCAUUGCUCCUAGGACGACGCUUACGCAGUCGGCUAGAUGCCAUAAAGCCUUCCGUUGGGGAAAGAAUAGCACACUGACAGUGCACUCAGGCAUUAAGUCGUCCGUGUC